ACAUCCCUGAAGAUGUCAAUGAAUAAUUCUCCAAACGUAUUCUUGGAUCCAAAUGCAAAUCGGUUUCAAGUUAACAUAAUUAAUGAAAGCCAUGACAACAACGAAACAUCUCAAGAGGAUGUGUGCUCUGACCCACCACAUUAUGAAGAAACAUCUUUCACAGAUGAAGCACAUAACAGACUGAAAAUCAGCUACAGACCAGGAAAGAGAGAGUUGUUUGACAAUUUUCUUCAAAAUGGAGAGAAAACAGAAGCUAGCUUACAUCCUUACGACACUCACAGUAACAUGUAUUAUCUGCAAACUUUUGGCCAUAACACCAUGGAUCCAGUUCCUAAAAUUGAUUACUACAGAAACACUGGCAGCGUCAGUGGGAAUAAACUCAACAGACCAAGCUUAUUAGAAAUUCAUGAACAACUGGCAAAGAACAUAGCUGUGAACUCCAGCUCCAUUGAGAGAGUGGCUAAUGGAGAAGGCUCUGCUGGAGAUGACACAGCAGUCAGCAAGGAAGAAGAAAACAAAACAGGAUUCGUAAAGUUUGGAUGGGUGAAGGGUGUGCUGGUAAGAUGCAUGCUCAAUAUUUGGGGUGUGAUGCUUUUUAUUCGACUUUCCUGGAUCGUAGGUCAAGCCGGAAUUGGUCUUGGAGUAAUCAUAAUUCUCCUCGCCACGAUGGUAACCUCAAUUACUGGGUUGUCAACUUCUGCAAUAGCAACUAAUGGGUUUGUCCGUGGAGGUGGAGCUUACUAUCUUAUUUCAAGAAGUCUGGGCCCAGAGUUUGGUGGAUCUAUAGGACUGAUCUUUGCCUUUGCAAAUGCAGUGGCAGUCGCCAUGUAUGUAGUUGGAUUUGCUGAAACAGUUGUAGAACUUCUUAAGGAGAGUGAUACAAUCAUGGUAGAUGAGUCCAAUGACAUCAGAAUAAUUGGCACCAUAACUGUUGUAUGUCUUCUUGGCAUCUCUGUUGCUGGCAUGGAAUGGGAAGCAAAGGCUCAAGUUAUUCUUCUAGUUGUUCUACUUGUUGCCAUUGCAAACUUCUUCAUUGGGACAGUCAUUCCUACCAACAAUGAAAAGAAGGCAAGAGGCUUUUUUAAUUACCAAGCAUCAAUAUUUGCAGAAAACUUCGGACCAGAUUUCAGAGAUGGAGAAGGAUUUUUCUCGGUGUUUGCCAUUUUCUUUCCAGCUGCCACUGGCAUUCUUGCAGGAGCCAACAUCUCAGGAGAUCUGGAAGAUCCCCAAGGGGCGAUACCCAAAGGAACAAUGCUCGCCAUUCUGAUUACAACUGUUGCUUAUAUAGGAGUUGCAGUAUGUGCAGCCUCCUGCGUUGUACGAGAUGCUACUGGGAACGUCAAUGAUACAGUUGUAUCUGGAAUGAGCUGUAAUGGAUCAUCUGCCUGCACCUUAGGCUAUGAUUUUUCCAGAUGCAGAAGUCAGCCAUGUGAUUACGGGCUGAUGAAUAAUUUCCAGGUGAUGAGCAUGGUGUCCGGCUUUGGUCCUCUUAUCACUGCAGGGAUCUUUUCUGCUACCCUCUCAUCAGCUCUUGCAUCUCUUGUCAGUGCACCCAAAGUUUUCCAGGCUCUUUGCAAGGAUAACGUCUACAAAGCACUCCACUUCUUUGCCAAAGGAUACGGGAAGAACAACGAGCCCAUCAGAGGAUAUGUUCUCACUUUCGUGAUUGCUAUGGCAUUCAUUUUGAUUGCUGAGCUGAACACCAUUGCUCCCAUCAUCUCCAAUUUCUUCCUGGCUUCAUAUGCUUUGAUUAAUUUCUCCUGUUUUCACGCAUCAUAUGCAAAAUCUCCAGGUUGGAGGCCUGCAUUCAGAUAUUAUAACAUGUGGGUGUCACUUUUUGGAGCCCUGUUGUGCUGUGGUGUCAUGUUUGUCAUCAACUGGUGGGCAGCUCUCAUCACUUACGCCAUUGAGCUCUUCUUAUAUAUUUAUGUAACAUACAAGAAACCAGAAGUAAACUGGGGCUCUUCUGCACAGGCUCUUUACUAUAUUAAUGCCUUAGACAGUGCUCUGGCAUUAACUACGGUGGAAGAUCAUGUGAAAAACUUCAGACCCCAAUGCAUAGUAUUAACAGGAGCUCCCAUGAUCAGACCUGCUCUGCUAGACAUCACGCAUACUUUCACAAAGAAUAACGGACUCUGCAUCUGCUGUGAAGUGUAUAUGGGACCGCGCAAACUGUGUGUUAAGGAGAUGAACAGUGGCAUGGCAAAAAAGCAGGCCUGGCUUACAAAGAACAAAAGAAAAGCCUUUUAUGCAGCAGUGGCAGCUGACAGCUUCAGAGAUGGAGUCAAAAGUCUCCUUCAAGCCUCAGGCUUGGGGAGAAUGAAACCAAAUACCUUGGUGAUUGGAUUUAAGAAGGACUGGAGAAAUGCUACAGCUGCGCAAGUUGAGAACUAUGUGGGCGUUAUACAUGAUACAUUUGAUUUUGAGCUUGGCAUGAUUAUUGUCAGAAUUAGCCAAGGAUUUGAUAUAUCUCAAGUCCUCCAGGUUCAAGAGGAAUUAGAGAAGCUGGAGCAAGAAAGAUUGGCACUAGAAGCUACCAUUAAAGAUAAUGAAUUUGAAGAAGGAAAACACGGUUUCUAUAGAUUCUUUGGAAAAGUCAGCAAGUUCAAUAUCUCAAAGCAAGAAACCAAAAAGGAGAGCACCAUUAACACAAUACAGUCAAUGCAUGUGGGCGAAUUCAACCAAAAGCUGCUAGAAGCCAGUACUCAAUUUAAAAAGAAGCAAGGAAAAGGUACAAUUGAUGUUUGGUGGCUGUUUGAUGAUGGAGGUCUAACAAUCCUAAUUCCUUACAUUCUAACUAUCAGGAAGAAGUGGAAAAGCUGCAAAUUAAGGAUCUUUACUGGAGGAAAAGUCAAUAGGAUUGAAGAAGAAAAACUGGUGAUGGCUUCACUUCUAAGUAAAUUCAGGAUAAAAUUUGCUGACAUUAAUAUUGUUUGCGAUAUCAAUAUGAAGCCCAGCAAAGAGAGCUGGAAAUUCUUUGAAGAGAUGAUUGAACCAUAUCGCCUCCAUGAAAGCUGCAAAGAUAUAACAACUGCUGAGAAAUUAAAGCGAGAGACUCCAUGGAAAAUUACAGACGCAGAGCUGGAAGCAUUCAAGGAGAAGAGUUACCGCCAAGUCCGUUUAAACGAACUCCUACAAGAACACUCUCGGGCGGCUAACCUGAUCGUCUUGAGCCUCCCAGUGGCAAGAAAAGGAGUAGUGUCUGACCACCUAUAUAUGGCUUGGCUAGAAAUUCUCUCAAAGAACCUCCCUCCAGUCUUAAUGGUUAGGGGCAACCACAAAAAUGUAUUGACUUUCUAUUCAUAGUGCA